AGCACUCGUCGGACGCCAAUGCUUCGCUCUUUGACCCGGCGCCGCCUCCAUGCGCCGCUCGCCCGCCACAGCACGCGCGCCAUGCACCAGCUCAAGAUGAGCCCCGAAGUCGAAGCUGCGCUCCGGGACGGCAAGCCCAUCGUCGCCCUCGAGUCGACGAUCAUUAGCCAUGGCAUGCCGUUCCCGCAGAACUUUGAGAUGGCGACCAAGGUCGAGGCCAUUGUGCGCGAGAACGGCGCGUGUCCCGCGACGAUUGCGAUCCUCGAUGGCGAGAUCUGCGUCGGCCUCGCCGACAGCCAGCUGCACACGCUGGCAUCGCUCGGCGCCAAGGCCACCAAGUGCUCGACGCGUGACAUUGCGUCUGUCGUCGCCUCAAAUGGCACGGGCGCAACGACCGUCUCGAGUACCAUGCGCAUUGCGCAUGCAGCCGGCAUCGACGUCUUUGUGACGGGUGGCAUUGGCGGCGUCCAUCGCUUUUGCGAAGAAACACUCGACAUCUCCACCGACUUGAUGGAGCUCUCCCGGACGCCUGUCGCGGUGAUUUGCGCCGGCGUCAAGUCGAUCCUUGAUAUCCCCAAGACGCUGGAAUUCCUCGAGACAAACGCGGUGCCGGUUGUGGGCUAUGGCACCAGUGAAUUUCCUGCGUUUUUCACGACGACGAGCGGCUCCAAAGCGCACGUCCGUCUCGACACGCCCGGUGCGAUCGCCAAGCUCAUUGCGACGAGCAAGAACCUGGGCCUCCCGAAUGGGUUUGUCGUUGCGGUGCCCAACCCUGCGCCCGCGGACGCUAACGUCAUUACGCACGCGAUCGAGUCGGGCCUCGCGCAGGCCAAGGAAAACAACAUCACAGGCAACGCCGUCACACCCUUCCUUCUCAAGCGCAUCAACGAGCUUACCAAGGGCGAGUCGCUCACGUCCAACAUUGCGCUCGUCGAGCACAACGCCGUGAUUGGCGCCAAGAUUGCUGUGGCGCUCAAAGCAAGCGCGACGCCGUUGCCCUCGAACGCCGUCGACUCGGACGUGGUGGUGGUUGGCGGCACGGUGCUCGACAUCAUUUCGCGCCCGUCGGACCAGUUUGUGCAUGGCACGUCCAACAUUGGCCACACCAAGCAAACGUGGGGUGGCGUCGGGCGCAACAUUGCCGAGUGCCUCCAUCGCCUCAACGUCACCACGCUCCUCGUGUCAAACGUGGGUCGGGAUGCUGCAGGCGCGAGCCUCCUUCAGCAGCUGCAGGCCAUUGGCAUGAGCACCGCCGGCAUUGCAACGCCGGCUGCCCACGCGACGGCCACAUAUUGUGCGAUGCUCAACGGCGCUGGGAACCUCGAGGUUGCGAUCGCCGACAUGUCGAUCGCCGAAGCCAUGGAUGACUUUGACGUAGCGGAGUGGACGUCGCCGUCGACCAAGGCAGUCGUCUUCGACGGCAAUCUCUCGGCAACGACGAUGGCCAAGGUUGCUGCGGCAACCGUCCCGCUGUUGUGGUUUGAGCCGACGUCGGUCGAGAAGGCGCGCCGGGUCGUCCACGCCGGCGCGCUCCCCCGUGUCCACGCCAUCUCGCCCAACUCGGACGAGCUCGCGGCCAUGGCGCGUGCGCUAGUCGACGACGAAGGCCACUCGCAGUGGACGACAGUCGAUGCUGCGUUCAACGUGCCAAAAGGCCAGCGCCACAUCCCACUCGUGGAUGGCAUCGUCACGGACCUCCUCACGGUCGCCAAGGUCAUGCACUCGGAGAAGAAAAAGCCGGUGCACGUGCUCGUGACGAUGGGCAAGGACGGUGCCGUCGUUGCAACGACCGACACGGUCCGCCAGUUGCCGCCGGGCGGUGUUCACUACGGCAGCUGCCUCUCGCCGCCGCUCUCGAUCGUGUACCUCCCGGGGACCCCGAAGAGCGUCUGGAACUGCACCGGUGCCGGCGAUAGCUUUGUGGGCGGCACGAUCUAUGGGAUGCUCAAGGGUCACGAUGUUGUGCAGAGCGCACACAUGGGCAUGAUGGCGGCGCGCAAGAGCCUCGACUCGGACUUGCCCAUUCACCCGGAGCUCACGCCGCAUGUCCUGCAGGGUUAGGGCUCCUCGACGCAAGCGCAAAGCUUUUCGGUGAGAGAUCUCCCUUGACCAUGAGAGUACUUUCGAAGUUUUCACAAAUUGUUGAAAUCAAACGUCAUGUCGAUGUAUCGAUCC